UUUAUUGCUCAACGUUUUCCGUCGCAAGAGGUUUUACUAAGGUGUCGACUAAUGAAUACACCUGUGGAGACAGGUGAGAGUGGAGAAACAGGAAAUGAAACCUUUCACACAUAAACAAACUGGUUUUGCCAAAAAUCUGCUAAUGGCUUUUACAACUGAAACAUGAGAGAAGAGAGAAAAGUCUGUCUUGUGAUUUGCGUCUGAGUCAAAAAUACUCCACAGGCUAUCCUGACUGAUGUGAUGAACCUACACCUGCUUCCUGUAGUUCUGUCAUUGGCAGUCUUCCUCUCCGUCGCUCUCUCCCAGGACCUGGUCUCAAUCCAGUUUAAAUCAGAUCCAGUCCUGGUGCAGACUGGCACCGAUGCGGUCUUCACGGUGGUCACAGUGUCCCAGGUGUUUUCCAUCACAUGGGGGUACCCAGGUGGGGUGACGCCCCUGGGGCUGUGGGUGGGGGGCAGUGCGGUGCUCAACACUGUGACCCAGUACCAGGGCAGGGUCACCAUCACAGCCACCCAGCUCCGUAUCAGCAGUGCCCAGCUCGGAGACGCGGGGAACUACACAGUGAUGGUGGACCCCUUGCCCACCACGGGCCUGGCCCAAAACACCAGGUCCAUACAGCUCAGGGUGUUCGAUGCAGUGGAUGGCGUGACUAUGUUUGUGCCGUCAGUGGCUCUGGAGGGGGGCAAUGUGUCUGUGCGCUGUACCUGGACCAAGGGGACAGAGACCAGUGUGCUGUGGGGUAAAGGGGGCUCUGCUCUCACCUCAAACUCCAGGGUCACUAUCAAAGGGGGCGACUUGGUGAUCAACCCGGCCAGGAGGGAAGAUGCCGGGCUCUACUCCUGCACCGUCUCUAACCUCGUCAGCGCUCAGUCCGCCUCAAAGACCCUCACAGUUUAUUAUGGUCCCGACACCCCCGUGCUGAGCAAGGCUUCUCCGGCAGACUGUGUGGUACGAGCGGAUGCAGUGGUAGGCCAGACGAUCCGACUCACCUGCGUGUCUGACUCCCUGCCCCCCGCCACUUUCUCCUGGAAAUACAACAAUGAACCCGUGGCGUCUGGCCAACUGGACAGUGGCGUGUUCAGCCUCCAGACCUUCUCCACCAACCAGAGCGGCCAAUACAAGUGCGUGGCUAGCAAUGCCAUCACGGGCGCAACGUCGGCGCAGGGGACGGACCUGGCCAUCGUGGGCACAUGCCUCAGUGCAGGGGCAGUCGCAGGCAUAGUGAUUGGCUGUGGGGUCGCUCUGAUCUUAAUCGUCAUAGCCAUCGUACUCCUGGUGCGCUGGAAGAGAGUUGACCGAAGACUGAAGGAGGCCACAGGACAAAAGAGACACCCAGAACUCAUGCUUACACCCACUGAACCCCCUCCACAUGGUACCCGGACUUUAGGCAGAGGCCAUCACUCGGACCCACCGCUACACACAAACCCUCACAACUUCUACACUGUCCCACCCGAUGGCCACGAUAACACACACACACCGCCACGCAACAUUAGCACACUCCAACACAAUGGCCACGCCAACAGAAAUAGGUUCCCACACAAUGCGCAACAUCCGAAUGCCAAUUCAUUUCCACAGAAUGGCACCGCGCAGGACCACGACACUUUCACACACACUGCUGCACCUCAGAAUGCCAACACACUCGACACCUUCCCACAGAUGACUCAAAACCACCCAAACAAUCCAAACAUACUCAUACAAGCGGGUUCUACUCAGGUCGGUGUUAACCUAAACACACUGGCACACAACCAGCAAAAUAGCAACGCACAGGUGGCCACGGUUCACGUCAAUCUCAAUUCCUAUCCAACUAAUGGUCAACAACCCAACCAACAGUCACAGCAACAAUUUACAAGCCCACAGGACAGUACAAUGCAGAGGAGCGCCACCAAUGUAGCCAACAGUGCUAGUGCUCUUCAAGUUCAAAAUAUCAACCCACAAACGUUCACACAGACUGGACAGUCAUACUCCAAUCCCAGGAUGCAAAUUGGCUUGUCAUAUCCUGGUGAUCCUUCACAGGUUGACCACAGUAACUUAGACACUGGUCCUCAAGUUUCUACUGGUCCUAUUCCUACUGGUUACACACACAGGGGUCGAAGUCACACUCUCCAGCGAAACGCCAACACGCAGACCUACCAGAUGGACCAGGCUACUGAUACCCAGCCUAGACACUCCAACCCAGCAGCGGCCAGCUCUGUGCCACGUGAUGCCAGCCAUACCACACCAAGUGCCAGCUCACACCGCCAACAAAUGCCUUGGGACCGUCUGAGGGGCACCCCGGCGUACCCCAACGAGCCCCCCAGAGGGGUACAGGCUUCCCCCGACAGCAGAUCCACCUCUGAUGGCACCUCUGAGUCCCCGUCCCAGGCUAGACUAUCCAGACCACACACCAGGAAGAGUGGGCCAGGAGCACAGACCCAGAGUCCCCCACAGAGCCGAUCUACACCCAGGAAGGCUGCACCGACGGCGGCCAGACAGACCCAGAACCUCCCCCACACUCAUGGGACGAACACUGAGCCUGGGGCUCCAAGCCACACACAGUUGCAUAUCAGUCCCCAUGCACACGGUACACAAAGGCAGAGAGCCCGGCAGGAUGUCAGAGUUCAAUCCCAGAUCACAGCUCAGACCGCUUCUCAAAGCCAGACUGGCCCCAGGCAACAAAAUGCCUCCCGCAGCUACCACAACCCCCAGACACAACAACAGGGACCAGGCGCUCCACAGGGACUAAUAACCACCAUGCCCCAAGGCACCACACUCGACAUUCGAGCUCUCGCCAAUCCAAAUCACAUCCCACAGACACAAACCGGGAUUCAGUAUGGUAGGGGAAACACACACAUGAUACCGCAGCCCACACAAGACCAGAGACGGACAGCAACACAAGGUUGGGGUGCACUAACACAGCCUGUUACACAGAACCCCAGUAGCCUCACUCAGACGGCCCUGGAGAUGCACACACUGACGACCCCGAACCCUUUUCACAACCGUAACCACCAGACACAGGCCGCCCUGCUCAACACCCAAGCUCGAGGCCCUAACCCUGGGCACCAGCGCCCCCCCACGCCCCCUCCCGUGAUCCCUCUGGCUCAGUUCCAGACUAUUCCCAGAGAACGCACCCAGCACCAGUCCCCAAACCGGGGCCCCACUGGCCCUCUCAGGCCCUCGGUCAACGUACACAAUGCACAGAGACACCCCAAUGCUCACCCGCCCCGCAGACACCCCGGUGCUAGCAUGCCGGCCAACCUGCACUCGGGAAAUGCCCACCACGUGCACGCUGAUAACACACACAGGCACGGUCAACAUACUCAUCAUGCCCACAGGAACACUGCCCACCCACGCCAGACCCACCAAGGGAGGCCUAGACACUGAGAGAUGCCAACGGACACACACACCAGCAACUGACAAGAGGAGAAACACAAGCAUGGAUGACUAUGGGAGCCCCACUCUAAAGCAAUGGAGACCAAGCAAAAACACACAUAUGCGCGUGUACAUACACACACACACACACACUUCCCGCAGUCGACUCCCCCUGCCUGUCAAGUGAAUGUUAUCUGUUGAUUUUCAACAGUACCGACAAUGACUCACUGGAAAACACACACAGAGGUGUCUUUUCUGAAGCACCAUAUAACCAAAUAGUAGUAAUGAGAAAAAGGCCUGUUUGAGGCGAGACACUCCAGGCCGUGUGUACGUGGCCUCUCCCAUUCAGCGUGUUCAGAGCGAGAAUGAGGCACGACCACAACAAUGAGGACUUGAAAUGUUUCCAUUCAUGUCUGUGUGUGUGUUGCUCCUUGUGACUAGAAUAAACAGUAAAAAGGACAGAAAAAGAGACCCCUUGCUGGACUGAUUCCAAUUGAAUGGACUUGACCCCUGGGAACUACUGUGUGAAAAUUCAGGAGGAAAAAAGCCCCUCUGCGACUUGCUUUAUUGAAUAUUUCCAUGGAAGUAUUUACGUGGCGACUUUCUGUUUACAGAUGCUUCUCUUGACACCGCUCAAUUAACGGGAUUCGCCUCGGCGCCUGGGCUUCAGAAGCAAUGCUCAACUAACUAUGAAGGAGACCCCACAAAUGGAUGGGCCGCUCAUUAAUUAAGUGCUUUUAUGUGACUUAAAUGACUCGGAAAAUAAUAACGCCCAUGCGUGGAGGAGGUCAGCACAAAGAGGCUGCUGAGCUGCUUUUCCCCGACUAAGCAAAGCAAAACAAUUUGCUCUGGGACUACGAUGCUCUUUUGUGUGGGGGAUUAGCACAUUAAAAGGGAUCUCUAUUGGAAAGAAUCUUAGUUUUCUUUCGAACAAAAUGUAUAUUUAAUUUUUUUAUUUUUCUGUUACGUGCUAAAUAUGUUGGACUGCUAUUGCAACAUGUGUCUUUGUGACUCAGGGAGUCUGUUUUAUACUAAAAUAUAUGUUCCAUUAAAAUACAGAAAAGAGGAUAAAUAUGUUUUUUAAAGAUUAGGGGUCUCCAUUGAACAUAGUUUUUUUCCCAGGACUAGGCCGCCCCCAUAUGUUUUGUUGAUGAUAAUAAAGUAUUUUGAUUUACAGGAAAAUACUGUAUGUCAGUAUAUUACAUGACAUUCAUUUUGAUAUAAUGUUACCUACCUAAUGGUAUAAUCUUAACUGCUUUUGAAAUAAUCUUGCCCUCCAGGCAUUCUGAUCUUCAGCUGUUACAAAUAUUCCCAGAAUAUUGUAUUUACUUAACAGUUUUUCAGUUGAAGAAUCUGCACUGUAAAAAUGUCCUUUCUUAAUUACAGCACAAUUAUUUGCAGAGUUGCCAGAUUAAUACUGUAAUUUAGCUUUACAGCAGAGAUGUUCCUUCCUGUAAAACAUGUUACAAUAUUCCUGCUGUAAAUGUGGGCACCUGAUUCCAUGGCAGAAUUUAGUGGAUGUGUCAUGGUUGAUUGAUAGAGUGAAUAUGCCCACUGAAUCUCAAGCCAUAUCUUAAAGCAAUAACAAUAAGGAAGAUAUGUUGACCUCUGCAUUCAGGACUAAGAGUAGGAGAAAGUCCUUUCGAGAAAUGAGUAGCUGCGUUGAACUUUUGAAUCCUGUUUUGUAUGUGCUGACACUUGCUUGUUAUGGAGGAAUUAGGAGUUUCUGGCUUGCUGUUCUAUCAGUCCCUCAGCACAGCUCCCACUUUGGCUCCACCAAGCCCUCCUGACCCAGACGAGCCAGUUCUGCUCAUCGUGUGUGUAACCCUUGCUGUGGUUUUGGUGGUGGUUUUUCUGGGGAUCUACUAUGGCUUCCAACGCCACAGUGCUAAGAAAAACAUAACUGACGUCACCAGGAGACAUGGGUCCAUGAUGAUGAGUCCCGAAGGACUGGCUGGAGCAUAGGCGUGUUUGUCUGCACAGGAUGUGCAUCUGCAUGCAAAUGUAUUGGCUGAAGCCCAGUAGCAACAUAUUCCAAAUGGCAACCUAUUCCCUAUUUAGUGAAACUAUUUUGACCAGAGCCCUAUGAGUCCUGGUCAAAAUGAGUGUACUAUAAAGGGAAUAGGGUGCCAUUUCUAACACAACCAUAAUUUCAACAGAGUCUGGAGUUAAGUAUAACAUCAGUCUGUCUGCAAUAAACAUUUUGAGCAACAAAAUCAGACAGGAGUUUUUAUAUAUUGUAACUCCACUAGGGGGAGCCAAGCAUGCAAGAGAGACUUCAGGGGCCUCAUCGAUGAGAGCAAAUGUACUUAUUUAAAAAAAAAAAUUUUUGCCUCCAAGGUCUUUUCUAUUAGAUAGGAUUUUACGACACUGCUUGUUCAAUAUCACAAAAUUAAAACAAUAGACUUGCGCCAUCGGCAAGGAAUCCCUUGGCUGCAAUUCAAUAAAUAUACUGAACACAGAUAAAACUGUGUUGAAUAGCAACAAGGAAACCCACAGUCAUGUUUAGCUCGUCUAAAAAAGGAUCACAGUCAGAUAUUGAUGUAAAC